CAGAAGUUCGAUCCCUAUCGAGAUGUCUGCAGGCUGAUUACCCAGGAGUGCACAUCGCUCACUGUCCAUUCGAUGCUAUCUAAGACCCGGUCGGGAAUACUAGUCCACAUCUGGGAUCGUGCGUUUCCGUAAUGCUAUUGCGUCGUCACGGGCCCCGCCGCAUCUCUCGCCACAGAUAUGUCUGGAAUGUGGCACCUAGUCUCCCUUCUUAAACUCCCCCGAUUCUGGAUUACGGCCAGUCCACCCAUCUACACCUCCCCUCCUACCCAAGAUAACAAUGGUCCUCACGAUCUUCAACUCUCUUGCCUUCCUGCUCGCUUGCACGCUCUACUCCGCGUUUCGCUAUCGCUCCAGACGACGCUCCCUCCCUCUGCCCCCCGGCCCGCCAAAGAAGCCGCUCAUUGGCAACCUGCUGGACCUGCCGACUGAUCAGCAGUGGCUGACCUUCUCAAAAUGGAGCAAGGAAUACGAUUCUGACAUCAUACAUUUAUCGGCCCUGGGGACGUCGUUUGUCGUCCUGUCAUCAGCCGAGGCGGUGAAGGAACUGUUUGAGAAGCGCUCGGCCGUCUAUUCCACACCGAUGAUGAACGAGCUCAUGGGCUGGGGUGGCUUUGUCGGAUUCCUGCCUUACGGAGCAAGAUGGCGGAGCCACCGCAAAGCUUUCAUGCAGGCAUUCAAUCCCGAAGCGGUGAAGCAGUUCCAUUCCCAGCAGCGCACGGGCGUGCACAAUCUGCUACGCCGGAUCCUCGCGCAGCCCAGCGGCGACGUUAUCGAGCAGUUUCGGCUAUUCGCCGCAGAAAUCAUCAUGGAUGUCACAUACGGCAUCAAGGUUCGCACUUCCGACGAUCCGUACGUGUCCAUCGCCGCGGAAGCAAUGCAUGGGCUGGCGGUUGCCAGUGUUGCCGGAGCGUUUCUCGUCGACAUUAUCCCACCGCUCAAGUAUAUCCCGAGGUGGGUCCCCGGCGCCGGCUUCAAACGCCAGGCGCAGAGGUGGUGCAAAGCCACCAUGGCUGCCGUGGAAACGCCCUUCAAUGAGACGAAGCGCAUGAUGUCCGCGGGCACGGCCUCCGCGUCCUACUCUUCGCUUCACCUGCGCACGCUCGAGGAUCCGUCUUCUAGUCUGUCGCCAAACGCCAAGAUCGCGCACGAGGAAGUCGUCAAGUACACCGCGGCCGCGAUGUACGUCGGCGGCGCGGACACGAUCGUCUCGGCGCUCGGCACGUUCGUCGUCGCGAUGCUGUUGUAUCCGGACGUCCAACGCGCUGCGCAGCAAGAGAUUGACGGCGUCUGGGGACACGGGAAUUUGCCGGACUUUGGCGAAGACGCCGAGGAGCGCAUGCCGUACCUUGCGGCCUUGAUCAAGGAGGUCCUCAGGUGGCGCAAUGUCACAGCCGUGGCGAUUCCCCAUCAGAGUGAGACAGAGGACGAAUACAGGGGAUAUCGGAUCCCCAAGGGCUCCGUGGUCAUAGGAAACACCUGGGCGAUUUUACACGACGAGGAAGUGUACCCAGACCCAGACGCAUUCAAACCUGAGCGGUUCUUACUCAACGGCAAGCUCAACAAGGACGUCCGCGACCCCGAGGCGUUCAUCUAUGGCUACGGGAGAAGGCAGGUCUCUCCUCGGACCCAUGGUCACCCGACACUACUCAGCAGGCAUGAAUAACACAGGAUCUGCCCGGGCCGAUACAUGGCGUCGUCCUCGCUCUGGCUCACGAUCGGAUCCCUGCUGUCCAUGUUCGACUUCGUCAGGAUCGAAGAAACGCAGGAAGCAGAGCCGCAGUACGGCUGGUUCUGGGGCCUCGUCUCGUGCGUCGUCCGCUCCCAGGAGUUCUGUUCUCGGAAAGACCUGACGUGUGACAGAACCCCGCUGCCGUUCAACUGCACGAUGCGGCCUCGCUCCGAUAAGACCGUCGCUGCGAUGCGCGCCACAGAGAUUUAACGGUGUGCGUGAGAAACAGUACUGUAAGAAGAGAACCCGAUGUCUGUAUGUAAUACCUGGCAGCGCGGAUCGUUGCAACGAAGCGCAUGAUAAUGAAACCCAUCACCAAUGUGAC